AUGGAAACUACUUUGAAAACAGCUGUUAGAGAAACUAAGAAUGUAGAGACCCAGAUAAGAAAAAGGGGUCUAGAAAAAGAAAAGGCAGGAGAAAAUAGGAAGUUUGAAGGAUCUGCGAGGUCCAACAAAGAGAGCAAACUCUUGAAGUUUGGAGGAGGAGGAAGAGGUGAAGCGAGAUGGUGUCAUAAGUGCAAGAAAAAUCAUUGUGGGAGAUGCAACGAAGAAGUAACUUGUUACAAGUGUGGGAGGAUCGGUCACUAUUCCAAGGAUUGUACAUAUAGUGAUAAGUCUUGUCCCGCAAUCCAUUACAACCCUAUUAAACCCUACCUCAUCUCAAUUAAACCUGAAUUCACUUUUAACCAUACGAAAAUUACCAGUUGCGGUUCAUGGAAGACGACGAUAACAGUAAUUCAAGAAAGUCAAUUUAACUAUGAUGCCGAUGAGAACCGAAUUGUUCAGCAACUUCUGCUCACCAAUAUUUCGUGCAAGAGCAAACAAUUGUUUUGGUAUGAUAUUCGAAACUUUCCUGAUUCGUUGCUUAUUGAAAAUCUCGCUAGAUUACCCGUCAAAUCGAUUUUUAGUUUUAAAAGUGUGUGCAAGCAUUGGCAAACCCUAAUUUCUCACCCUUCCUUCUGCCGAUUCUAUUACUCCAUUCUCAAUUCAUCCCUGCGGCCUAUCAGAAUCUUGGAUAGGUACACUUGGCUACCGAACUUCAAGGAGUUUGUUAAUCGUCUUGGUACUAAAAUCCACAGUUCGUCCGAAUUUUCUGUUCUUUUUCUUGCUACCUAUGAAGAACAACAACGCGGUGCAAAUGAUCAAUUUAGGGUUUUAGAUAUGAGUAAUGGUUUGAUUCUGUUUUGUUCGAGGUCGCAAGCAUUUGUUUACUACAUAUGUGAUCCACUCACUCGACAAUGGAUCACUUUACCUAGCAGGAAACCCCGAUUAAUAAGUUUCAUUAGUGAGGGGCUUAUUACUAGGGUCGAUGAAGAUUAUACGCUUAUUGGUUAUACAAUUGUUACAGUGGAACUCCUUAAAUCUCGAUCGAAUUAUGUCAAUAUAGAGAUAUUUUCAUCUGGAACAGGCAAAUGGAUGGUCUACAAGCUACCUUGCGAUAGUCCAAUCCGAUUGUGGAAAGUGGUCAGUGGCCCAAUAUAUUGUUACGGGGCUCUUCAUUGGCAAGUUAUUAAAUAUGAUAGGAUUCAUGGCUUGCUUGCGUUUGAUCCUUACAAAGAUCCAAAAUCGGUUCGCCUAAUUCCACUCCCAGAUGACAGAGAUCUCCAGAGUGAGGAUGUCGACAUGGGAGUUUGUGAAUUAUGUGGUGAGAGCCAAGGGACCCUUCGUUAUUUCGAGGUGGCUGAUGAUUCCAUUUACACCAAGUUCUAUUUGUUCAGCAUGUGGGUUAUGAAGGAUUAUGAGAAAGGAGAAUGGUGUUGUGAGUUUAAGGUGAGACGUAGUGAUCUUCAUUGUAACGAUCUGGAAUUGAAUAAUUGGCUGUUGGACGUCCGAGGGUUUCAUCCUUUAUCAUUUCAUCCGUUGAAUCCAAAUGUUGUGUAUUUGCAAUGCAUGGAGCCUGAGCGUAUUGUUUCGUAUAAUAUUAUGAAUAGAAGGCUGGAUGUUGCUUCUAAACGUAUUGAUGUCGGUCAAUGCAUUUCAUCGUCUCUUGGGAUCCCGUUUGUGUUACCUACAUGGCCGGUGCUUGUUCCACCAAUUGCCACUGUUAAAAGCAAAUAGAGAGGGUAAAGUGCUGACUGGAGAAACACUAUUCUUUUUUAUAAAAUGAGAGUAUAUUCCCAUUGUGCCCUUCUGUCUAUAUGAGAUGUUGAAUAACAAAUGAUUGUUUAUUCGAAAACUCUUUCGUUUAAAAAGAAAUGUAAAUUCAUAUUUUAAUUUA